AUGGAGUCCAUUAUUCUGUCAGAUUCUCCGCAACACUUUGGCACACGUCAUUGGGAGAAGAGCUGGGCUUCGCAAGAAAGGCACCACUCCGGAGAGCUGCCACAGCCGCGGGGGCCGCAGAAGGAACCCCCAGCAGUCAGUGGGCCUGGCGAGCAGUUGCUCCCCGAGGACGACACGUCGCACGCUGGCUGUUGGCUGCGCUACGUCUCGUUCGUAGUGCCUAUUGCCAUGGCCAUGUCGGCGACGCUGUUCACCUUUCCCACCGUCCUCAUGGCGCGCAUCGGGUCCUGCCAGCGCGGCUGCUUCCCCCUCCCCAAGGACCUGGUCCUCUCGCUCAACCGAAACGUGCAUCCGUGCGACGACUUUUACGGGCACGUGUGCAGUGGCUGGGACGCCGAACACGGUCACCGGACACCGAUAGACAGGUACCGAAUAAUGUUCACGCGGCGCGUCAUCAAUGCCGUACUGCUUGAGAAUAUUCCCCUGCGUUCCACGAAGGCGAAGGGAAAGGCUGCAGGAUUGUUAUUCCGAUGCCUCAGCCAGACUGAGCGGGAAGGGAUAGACAAGAUGAAAACAUUUCUCGAUGAUCUGGGUCUCCCUUGGCCGAGCAAAUCAUCAUCAUCUCGGCCGCAGCUCCUCAACAUCCUGGUGCGGGCGUCGCUCGAGUUUGGUAUGCCAAUGUUCUGGGCCUUCUACGUGGGUCGCCAUCCGUCCCGCACUUCCGAGAGCGCCAUCUACAUGACGCUCGACCCGCGCUGUAUGGCGUGGAUUAGCGACAUCGAGGCACUCAGGGUCCGAGGAAAUGAAGACGCCUACCUGAGACGCUGCGCUGAGGUCGUUGGUCGCGAAGGCCAGUCCUACUCCCGCAUGAUCAGCGGCGUACUAGACAUCCACUUCGCCAUCGUCGACCUUGUGAGAAGUCACUGGUCCGAAUCCGCCACUCCUUCUUACAACAAUCUGAGUGAUCCUGACCUUCGGCGGGCAAUCAACGGCAACCUUCCCGAUGAUGCACAGAUUUGGCCACAGGACGAGGUGCUCAACCUUCAGCCCAACUUAUUCGCGCAGCUGGACGCGAUGUACCUGAGUAAGAGCGAGUUCCAGGAGAGAUUCAAACUGUUCCUCGGCGCCUACGUUGUUUGGGCGCUGUCCCCGAUGCUAUCCCAAUAUUUGACGAGUAGCAUGCUCGGGUACAUGAAUCGAGAAGAGAGCAAACGAGAGUACCAUUUCCUCAAGUGCAUCGAAGCGAUUGAGUCUCUGUUGCCGCUUGUCAUGUGGCAGCUCCAGCAGGACGUUCAACAAGACCCCGCGCCCUCGUGGAACACAGUCCGCUUGAGCGUACACUCGGUGAGCUCUUGGAUACGCACGUACGGAGAGUCGACCGAGCAGCUCGCGAAUGCCAUCACGACAAGACUGGCGUCCAACGCCUUCAACAUGACCAACACUUGGGACUUGCUCGACGACGCGUACAGCUAUUUUCCCAACUCCACGGCCGCGUCAUUCUUCGAUUUGUACCGAAGGGGAGCCCAGGCUACCGCCAAGUUUUUCAAGAAAUCGCUGCGUCAGCCGGAACACAGCAUCUAUCACGUGCCCGGACUCGUCGGUCUCCGACUGUACCAAGUUCUUACGGCACGUGAGGUGGUGGUCUGUUCCUUCCUGGUGAGCCCACCGCUCUACGAAAGUUGGCAUCCACCAUCGAUACUUGCAGCGCUGGCGGGAACUGACACUACGGGCCAGAUUUUGGCCGUUCUCAAACUAUCCUUCUACUACAACGACCGGUUCGAGGCUUACAGCGAGGCCCGCCUGGACCAAGGGGCGCGAAAUAUGCUUGCGAGCAUGCGGCGUUUCUCGGAGUUGAUGAACGCCAGCGAUAUCAUGAAAAAUGCGAGCCUGCGCGAAAAAGACGACGUGUGCUCGGCAAGCACCGCAGCACACACCGCCAGCCUCAUGCUAGACGUGAUGGAGCAGCGCCACGCGCCGUCCGCGGCUGGCCACCAUGUUGCUCCGACCCACGGCAAAACCGACUGGCUCUACGAGAACGAGCAUGUGUUCCAGGGAUUCACGGCCGAGCAAAUCUUCUUCCUGCUCAGUUGUUUCUCUCAUUGCGGGAAUGCCGGAAGCAGGCGUCAGGGAAAGGUUCGCGUUCUUUUCCGGAUUUGCCAGAGCGUAUUAUAUUAG